AUGAAGAUUGCCACUCUUCAAUUAGCCCCUCAGUUGGGGGACCUCCAAGGCAACAUCGAGAGGGCAAAUGGCUUGUUGAAAUCAAGCAAAGUGACCAAGCCAGACAUAUUGGUACUGCCAGAAAUGGCGCUGACUGGCUAUAACUUUCCCUCUCUUGAUGCAGUGAGACCAUACCUUGAGCCAGCUGGUGACGGUCCAUCCGCUUCAUGGGCGCGCGAAACAGCCAAGCGCCUACAAUGCAAGGUUUGCGUGGGGUACCCAGAAAUUGAGAAAGACCCCCAAACCCCCGACCAAGUCAAGUACUAUAAUUCCCUUCUGGUAGUCGAUGAGAAGGGCCAAGUCAUCCACAACUAUCGCAAGAGUUUCCUGUAUUACACCGACGAGACAUGGGCGGCCGAAGGUCAAGUGGAGCUAGGAUUCAAAGAACUUCCCUUUCAGGAAAAGCAGGUCGCGACAUCAUUUGGGAUAUGCAUGGACAUCAACCCCUACAAGUUCGAAGCACCUUUUGACAAAUGGGAAUUCGCGACUCGGGUCCUUGACUCGCAAUCACAGCUUGUGAUUCUCUCCAUGGCAUGGCUGACAUUGUUGAGCCGCGAAGAGCUCGAAGCUCUGAAGUCCAAGCCAGAGAUGGACACUUUCAAUUACUGGCUUCAGCGAUUUUGGCCUUUACUGCAAACGAAGAUGAAGCACGAGGUUGACAUUGAUGAAAAGGCAAUCUCUCCGAAGAAAGUCGUCAUCGUCUUUGCCAACCGGGCAGGCGAGGAGCCCCCUGCGGAUGAGACCAAGUCACCGGCUCGCUACGCCGGGACAAGCACUAUCAUUGCAGUGACGCAAAAGCCCAUACCGGAAGUUGAGCAGGAUAGAUCAAGCGAUGAUGCAGAGCUUCCAUUCGACGUGAAGAUCCUUUGCUGGGACCUUUUGGGUGUGGGAGAAGAGGGUGUUUGCUUUGCCGAUACUACGGUUGACCCGAAAAUGGUUUUUGGUCUCAAGAAGUCUAGAUAA